AUGGCUCCAAAGAUCGCUAUUGUCUACUACUCCACAUGGGGCCACAUCAAGCAGCUCGCCGACGCUGAGGCGGCUGGUAUCAAGGAAGCGGGUGGCAGCGUCGACGUCUUCCAGAUCCAAGAGACUCUUCCCGAGGAGGUCCUUGGAAAGAUGCACGCUCCUCCAAAGGACACCAGCAUCCCUAUUGCCGACCCUAAGACACUCGAGCAGUACGAUGCGUUCUUGUUUGGCAUCCCCACUCGUUACGGUACCUUCCCAGCUCAGUGGAAGACCUUUUGGGAUUCCACUGGUGGCCAAUGGCAGACCGGUGCCUUCUGGGGCAAAUAUGCUGGCCUCUUCGUUUCGACCGGCACGAUCGGUGGAGGGCAAGAGGUCACUGCCUUGAACUCGAUUUCCACGUUGACUCACCACGGCUUCAUCUAUGUCCCUCUGGGCUACAAGACCACCUUCAGCAUCCUCGGCGACGUCUCUGAGGUCCGCGGUGGAAGCGCCUGGGGAGCAGGAACAUUCUCGGCCGGCGACGGCUCCCGCCAACCCACCGAGAAAGAACUCACCCUCGCAAAAGAGCAAGGCAAAGCCUUCUACGGCGCCGUCAGCAAGGUCAACUUCGCGUGA